AUGGCUGAACGUGCUUCGUGCCACCGCCCCUUAAAUGGUUCGAGAGUGGGCGUGACUUAUGAAGGCUCAUCUUACCUUGACGGUGAUUGGCUGGCGAUGCGGCAGGCGAGCUGUAAUGUGAACGAGGCGUGGCCCGCAGACGGCCUGAGAGCCAUUUUGUGCUGGUACAUCGGAGGGGUUGGACGCGUGAGUGGACCAUCCGAGAAGCGCACCCUUUUUUUCCCCGAGCCAGCGUCCCGUUACCAUCGGUAAUAACCAAGUGCGGUGAGAAGCUGCUUUGGCUUAUUUAUCCAGUUCUGAUGUCUGAGCGUGGAGGUUGGUUUACAGGUUACCUGCGUGUUUCACUGUGGGGAAUGAAACAAAGGGAUGAUGCGCCGCCAUUUUGUGUUUCCAUUCGUGAGCGGGAAAGGCAAUGCAUAAUGGCCUCUCAUCACCCAGGUGGAGGGCGGCCAGCUGCCAGAUGCACACCGUGUUUAUCGGCGUGAUGUCCGGAUUGUGAGCGAUGGGAGCUGGCCGUGGGCAAUAUUGAUGUAUUAAGCACUAAAAUGUUACCAAUUAAUAUCACAAUUGCUCCAACUUGGCCAAAAAAUGGCUGACUGGGAAAAAUAUCCAGCACGGCUAUGGUCCUGACUUGGCUCGUGGUCUUGCGAUUUUUAUGUUUUUAAUUCGCUUUAAUGCAGUGUUUAGUGAUGGAUACAGUAGGAUUGUACUGUUAGGUUAAAUUAUAAGAUAGCCCUAGGAUUAACUAUAUAUUUUUUUCCUACACAUUAUCUAAUUUAGAUUGUCUAAUACAGGCCAUCCGAGAAUAAUUAUGUGCAUAUCGUAAAAUCUGUAGAAUAACUAUUCCUUUUGUAAAUACAGUUAACCAGCUACAAUUUGCGAUAUUGUGUGUACAUCAUCUAAUCCUUGUGCCGUUUUAGAGCUAAACUCUAUUCCCCCUGAAUGUGUACAUCUCGUGUAUAACAUUGGUAUUUUUUAGUCUUUCCCUUCCGAGUGUUAAAAUAUCCUACUUAAAUUUGAGGCUUCUAUAUAUAAAGGGAGAUUAUAGUUUGACAUUAAAUACAAUAUAAAUACAAACCUCUGUAUAAAACAUGCAUCCUAUUUCAUUUUGGGGUAAGUCUCCUAUCCACAGCCGCUCUACUUUCAGUGAAUGUGAUCUGUUUUGGUAGAGAAGCAUUGGGAACCUUUGUGGCAAUCUCUAAUUGUUGCCUGUUCAUGUGCUUCUCAAUGAGAAGCAUUGAAAAGGCACUAUUGGCACAAGCAGAAUCACUGCUUAAUCGUUUAUUCACCAUUGAGCAGAGAUGUGUUGACCCUGGUCUCAUUGACAAAUUUGCAGAGAUAUGCUCACAUUACAUACAGCUGGUAGCAGUUGGUUAUUGAUAUGGGAGACUUCUGAUAUAUGGGGAGGAAUCAAUGUUCUAAAUUGAGGAAUGGGACUUGGUGCCUGCAAGGAUAGACACAAACUUCACAUAGGAAGCACAGAAUUGGCCUGAAUAAAUGGCUUGUGCAGAGGGUGCACCUAGCUCAAGGCACAAAUCUGCAUGUUAUGCUUAAGUAGCGAUGCUGCAGAUGUAGAUCCCGAUCACCAUGACAUCUAAAAGCUGAAGUGGUGGUUGGAGCAUCCCUCUAAAAACUGUAUGGUGUUGGCCAGCAUUGGUUCGCCUGUGUUACCGUGACAUCUCAUUGGGUUUAAAUAAAAAAUUUAUGCGCAAGUAAUCUAAAUGUUUCAAAUAUACUGUACUCCAUAUAUUGGAGCUCUCAAUUAGUGCCUGUCUGUAAAUCAUGUCUUGGUGGUCUUAUUGCAAGCGCUUUGUUUUAAAUUUUUUAAUACUGUAUCAAUUUAUUGGGUGGCAUUAACAAUAUCUACAAACUUAGUCAUGGCAUCUUCUAACUGUUGGUCUUUUUUUAAUUGUUUAAUAUGUGAAAUGUGAUUAAUAUUUUUCUUUUCUCAGGCAUGCAUCGUGACUCUUGUCCGCUGGACUGUAAAGUCUACGUUGGAAACCUUGGCAACAAUGGCAACAAAACAGAAUUAGAGCGUGCAUUUGGUUAUUACGGACCACUGCGUAGUGUGUGGGUUGCUAGGAACCCCCCAGGUUUUGCUUUUGUGGAGUUUGAAGAUCCCAGAGAUGCAGCUGAUGCUGUAAGAGAGCUAGAUGGAAGGUAAAUUUUUACCUUAUUUCAAAUGUUCAUUCUAUUUUAAAAGGAAUACUUUACCAUUUGCUUAUUUCUAUAAAUGUACAAAAAUAUUCCGUAGUUCUUAAUUUGGGGGGGGAGAGAGAGAGAGUGGGGCUGCCAGUCCCACCCCUCACUUGUCCUUUGCAAAAUAAAUGUAAAAAAUAUACUGCUUUCUGUUUCCUUGCAGGACUUUAUGUGGCUGUCGUGUCAGAGUAGAGUUAUCAAAUGGAGAGAAACGAAGUAGGAAUCGCGGGCCUCCUCCAUCAUGGAAUAGGAGACCUCGGGAUGAUUAUAGAAGGAGAAGUCCACCAGCUAGACGCAGGUAUGAUUUUCAAUGUGGUACUGUGUUUUGGGAUUGUUCCCAUCACUUUAUUUUAUUUAUAAAAUUGUGUGAAAUCUUUUGCCAUCACACCACUAUGACUUCCCUGUGUUUUGGAGGUGGUUUAGUUUUAACAAAUCUAUAUUUGACUUGCAAGUAAGGUUUUAGACUCCUAUUUAAUCUGUCCUACAACACUAAAAAAAAAAAAAAAAAAUAGUAGAUCUCCUAUUAUCUCAUUGGCAUUCAGAUGUUCAGACUACCACCUGAGAAAUAUAACUUUAGAAUUUUUAUUUUCUUCCUAGUUUAAUUGCUCAAGUAAGCUGCAGAGGUGGCAAAGGUACUUGCACCCCAAAUGCACACGUUUUGACACUAAGAAAAGGGGUUGGAUAGUCACUCUAGUGAGAUGUAUGAGUUUAUUCCUUUGCUUUCUAUGAUAACUUUGUUUACAGCAUGAGUGAAUUUAGGUAUAAUUGAAUAUCUUUUUAAAAAGGCACUUUGUUUAAAUGAGCUGUAAGGCUGAAGUUGAUCCUCCAUUUUAAAGCAUUAUGAAGAUAAUGCUUUCAAACUUGCCUGAAUGUCCUUAAUGUCGAGAGAAAAUUGUGGCUGGACAGCAAUGGAAUGGCCGAUAUUACUAGGCUAUUUCUGACUUUUUUUAUUUUUCUCUUUAAAUUCACUCUGCAUAUCUCAAAUCUCUAAGUUAGAGCUUUAUGAGAAUGUUGUAUAAUACAGAGAACAGACUAUUUCUUCAGUAAAACAUGCAGGUUUUUAAGGUUGAGUAGUUUCAUGGUCUUUAUCAGCAGAAUUACUCACAGCUGUUUGCUAAUUACAAAUGCAUACUGCUAGAUCAUAGUGUAUAUGCCUGUAUUAAAACAUCACUAGUUUUUCUUAGACUUUAGACAAUGGGAUGUUGGUAAACUAUGGUAACUUCCCAUUUCUUGUAAAACUAACUUACAUUUGACUAUCAUUUGCUUUGUUGAUGCUAUAUCUAAUGCAACCAACAGUGCUUGUUGUAUCCUUAAAUCUGACCUUCAUGAAAAGCAGAACUACACUGUUUGGAACUGAAGGAAAUGGCCUCUUUUAAUAGAGCACUUAAUGCCUUGCCAUGCAUUUUUAUUUCUUUUAGUAUUAGCUACAGUUACAUAAGUUCCUAACUAAUGCAAUUUGAGUGAUCCAUUUACUAUUUCUGCAGAGUGACUUUGACUCUAUCCAAAGAGGAGAAUCUAGUUAAGUUUCCCAUUGAUCAGUUACACCUAUAGUACUUCAAAGUAAUGACUGUUAACAUUAUUGUUGAUGUAUGACUUUUGUCAUGUUCUAAUUAUGUAGUCAGUAUGCCGGGAGUAGAGUUUGUGUAGUUUUUGGUUUUUCCCUCUCCUUAAUGUUGCUUAUAACUACGCAGGGCUGGAAAUUUGCACUGUUGCAUAACACACUUGUGCCUUAAUCAGUGCUUAAAAUUUAAGUCCUAUGUGGUGAAUUUGUGCUUACUAGUGUCAAAUUAAAUCUUUUUAACCCGGUCUUAAUAUAAGAGGAACUAGCCACUGCCUCUGACUGGUAAACUGUGGUGUGAUGGUUUUUUAGUUUUGAAGUUUUUAUAGCUUACUUUCAAUUAGGUAGUCCUUUUUUAGAUUGAUUCCUGGCCUUUUGGCUACAGGUACUACACAAACAAUGGCUCCCAUGUAUUAGUUUCAAUUUUCUAGUUGAAAUGCAUGAUGUCCAUCAGACCCUUUUUUGGUUAGGGCCAGUUAGAAAUUUGAUAGGCAGUAACUCUGGUCCUACCCACAAUGCAUUGUUUCCCAUUCUUUAGCCCAUCAAGGUACUGUUAGAAAUGGUUGUACUGAUGGCUUGUUUUAUUUUAUUUAAUUUUUUUUUUUCUGUGUGCCUUUGGUCCAUCUAAUAAAAAUGAAACCUGUUACAGAGUCACCAUCAUGUCUCUUCUCACCACCCUCUGGGUCUACAUUAGCCAGUCAACUAGCCCUUUCAGCGUCAUGUGACCAGCGCGCCCCAUUCAGCUUGGCUGGUGUCGUAUCACAUGACCCAGGCAUGGCCAGUCAUCAGGUUGCACCGCCUUUUGGUUUCCGAGCAUGCUGUCCACUCAGCCUUCCUCCUCUCCAACCUUAACCAAAACUCGGCAGCAGCCCUCCUUCAGCGCCCACACAUUCCCGGCCUAUCUGCACGGCUGUUAACUUUGACAAAAUGUCUUCACAACAACUGCAGCACCAGCCUUCGGCUAACCAAAAAAAGCAGGAAAAAUCCACAACACCCCCUUCGCAAACCAUCUAAAUUCAACGCAACACCUGGCAAAACCUUUUCAACAAAUUCUACUUGGCCACCUGUCCGGCAUCCUCACCAUUUCUAGCUUGUUGAAAUCCCAAAAACUAGUAAGUUUUUUCCUGCUUAUACAGAGUUUACUGCUGGUUUAAAGUGAGACUAAAGCAGCUUUAUAAGUCAUACUUUAUUUUUCUCUAUUCUAAUCAAAGGCUGGCUGUGCAUAAUCAAAAAAAGGUAACUGACAUUGCUUGAACUAUAAAGACUUUUAAGGGUGAUAGAGAAAUCUUUUUGUUUGAGCCUUGGCCAUACAUACAAGCUGUAGAAAAGUUGCUUUCUUUGUUGCCUACUACUUUUUCAUGUGAAAUAUCUAUCAUCUUUAAAUGUGUUCUUUCCCAUACUAACCAAAAUGUCUUCUGGGUAAAGGAUAUUUUUCCUCCUAAUUGAAAGAAUGACGGGUGGGAUGUUGACUUGUACCUCACUGUAUACAUCUAUAAUGGCCAUUAGGCUUGCAUGACAUAAAGAUUUCUUAAAGCCAGUCUUUCACAAGUGGUGUUAAGGGUAAUGGAGGCAAAUCACAGUUCUCAGGUGCCAAGUAGGGAGUCUAGCCAAAGUGAAUUCCUGCUGGGGUUCAAUUUUCAUCUUAAGUCUUUAUUCCCCCCUGUACAUCUAGGUGCUAGUGUUGUACCAGUCUGUAUUUUACAUAGGUACAAACUCCAUGGUCCCAUAGUGAUCAAAUGGUGGGAUUCUUUGGUAGCAAGGCUGAAAUGCCUGUUUUGUUUUUGUUUUGUUUGUUUGUUAUAGAUCUCCACGGAGAAGGAGCUUUUCUCGUAGCCGCAGCAGGUAAGGUUGUCUGGUGGUAUUACAUCUGAGUGAAAUUGUCUGUUUUAGCACAGAGGUAGUCCAAUGUGAUCCUCCAGCUGUUUUGUUGCAGCCACUUUAACCAGUCUGCUGUACAGGCAGCAAGUGGGUGAGGGUUUGCAAGAUGCAGUAGAGUUACAGCUGUAGCCCUUUAACUGCCCAAGUUCUAUCAUAGUAUAUAAGCAUGUGUAAAAGUUAGGCAUUCAUUUUGAAGAAUGGUGUCUUUUGGAGUGAAUUUUGUGUGAAAGUAGCAGGAAGCUAGCUAAUUUAGUCAUAAAUCUUAUGACUGUCCUUAAGCAUUUGGUAGGAGUGAGAUCAUACAAUUUGCAUUCAUCAUUUUGUAACAGCGAGUUGUGACUACAGAAACUGUGUGUAGUAUUGAUGCGACUUUUUGUAAAGAGGCUUGCAUAAACACUUAUGGAUUUUCAUAGUUCCAGUAACAUUUGACCACUUGGCAAGCUUUAGUUUCAUAUUCUUACAUUGGCUUACUUUACAAUCUGCAAACAUGUCUCUCUCAACCUUUUCCACCUCUGCAACUAUUAUAGGUUUGACUUGCAUGGAAAGAAAUAUUGCAGCAGAUUUGGUUGUUGUAACUUCCCCUCCAUUAUAAAGGAUGUCUUUUCUGUUGGUUUUCAGUCUCUUAAAGACUGGCAUCAGUUGAUAUAAAAUCUUGUGCUGGCUGAUAUUUGCAAUACCCUGUAUAUCAAGUGGUUGGUUUCAUUUUUAGUGUUAUGGGAACAAAGACACGUCUUGCUAACUGUAUGUAAGGACUGCUGAGUGAUUGUGUACAGUUAUUUUUAAAUUCAGUUUAAAUUAAAUGUUUAAUGUGUAAACUUGAAUUUAUGAUCUUCAUCCUUUUCAGGUCACUCUCCAGGGAACGAAGGAGGGAACGAUCAAUCUCCAGGGAGAGGAAUCACAAGCCAUCUCGGUCCUUUUCUAGAUCAAGAAGGUAUUUUUUGCAUUUGUGUUCUAUGUCUUUGCAUGUGUUAAAGUAAAGUAAAAAUACAAACCUUUUAAAUAAAAUAUCUAAUAAUGCUGUCCCUAGAUAAAACUAAUUGUCUCUAAUAGUAACCCUGUUGCAUCAGAAAUCUAGAUGCUACCUUAUGUCAGUGCUCAUAUCCAUAUCUGGUCAAGGAUACACAAAUUGCAUUGUGGGUGAUCCAUGCAAGGAGUUGGUGGUAAAUGCUAGUGCAUAACUUACAAAUAUUGUUAAUGUUGUAUUUAGUUAUACUGGCAACAUUGAAAACGGCUUAUACAUACGAAGGAUUUGGUUUUCUAGUCUCACUUUGAGGUUUAUUAAUAUAUUUGCCUGGUUACAUUCCACAAAAUGCACUCUUGACAGGGUUAUUUACUAAAGCUUGAACUGUUAAAAUAACAUCUCUAAUUUGUAUGCCAAAUGGGGAGGGGUUCAUCCAGUUCUAUUUAUUCAAUUGAAACUUUUUUUUUCUCAUCCAGUCGCUCUAGGUCAAAUGAAAGGAAAUAA